UGUCGAAGGCACACCACUGACUGCAACUUUGUUGACGGCAAAAUGAACUGCACCUGUGAUGCAGGAUAUAUACAAAAGGAUGACAUUUGCGUUGAUGCUUGCAGCGAGUCUAAGCCUUGUCUCAACGGCGGUUCCUGCUCGAAUGGCGUCUGCAGCUGCAAGAAGGGUGUCAGUGGCAAUUUGUGCCAAAUCAUAGUGGCAUGCGACUACGAUCAGCUGUGUGGAGUACACUACGACACCACAUGCGUGUACGAUGUACAGAAAGAGAAGGCGGUUUGUGGAUGUCGGAAUGCGAAUCAAGUGUUUGUCAAUGAUGAGAAAAAAUGCAGAGUUCAAUGCAAGGGUGCAGGUGACUGUCAAAAUGGCGGAGAAUGUAUCAAAAAAGAAGAGGGUCACUUUUGCCAGUGCAAAAACGGUACAAGUGGUGAUUUUUGCGCAUCUGCAGUUUGUGAAGAGGAGUGUUUUGUCGGUGCUUACUGCAAGUAUGAUUUGAAACUACAAAAAUCAUACUGUGAAUGCAAGAAUAAGGACGAUAGGCCUGACCCAAAGCAAAAAGCGUGUAGGAAGACCUGUAAGCUGGAUACGGAAUGUAAGUUCGGAGCCAAAUGCACUGUAUCUAACAAUGAAAAAUUUUGUGACUGCAAGAAUGGGACGAGAGGUAAUUUCUGCGAACAGUGCGAGCUGUGUGGUGACGAUAGUGACGUCACUUGCGUGCAGAUUGUGGGUGGAUCAAUUGCGUGUGUGUGCCAAGAAAAAGAAAAACAAUUUGAUCGUGUGACAAAAACCUGUAGAGUGCCAUGUGAAUCGAACGACGAUUGCUUCUAUUCUUCCGAAUGUUCCGAAAAAAAGAAUUGGUAUGAUGAUACACCUGUUGAGCCGGGUGACAAAAAAUAUUGUCGAUGCUUCAAAGGGACGAGCGGCGAUCGAUGCCAAAUUGUCGAUGACUGCGUUCCGGAAAAGAAGACUUGCGGGGACGGUGAUGACGUUGAGUGCGUGUACGAUACAUUCCGCGAGCGAGCCUACUGUAAGUGCUUCGACGGAGAGAAGGCCUUCCAUCAAAUAGAUAAAGUGUGCAAAGAUUGCAACUGUGGACCAUAUGCAAAAUCAUGUACAUUUGAAGAGGGGAUACAAAUUUGUACUUGUGAUCGAGGCUACUUUCAAAUUAACAAUACAUGCGUAGAAUGUCGAUGCGGUCCUAAUUCACGAAGUUGUAUGAUGCUUUCUGGAGGUCGAAAGAUGUGCCUAUGUGAAAGAGGAUAUGAAGACAAUGGAUCCGAGUGCGAAGAAUGUGAUUGCGGAGCUGAAAGCGACGACUGCAGUUUUGUGGAUGGGAAGAAGAGUUGUAUUUGUUCCCUUCCUACGUAUAUUCAAAACGGAGGUUACUGUGUGCGUAAAUGUGAUGCCACUUUAAGUAAGUGCAGGAACGGUGGCGUAUGUAAUCCGGAAACCCGAUUCUGUGACUGCAAAAAAGGCACCAAAGGAUUUCGUUGCGAGGAAAUCAUUGAUUGCGAGCAGUUCAAUAUUUGUGGAGGAAGUACCGAUUUAACAUGCGUCUACAACGAACUACUUGAAGAAGCCUACUGCAAGUGUGAUAAUGAUUUGUACGAAUUUGAUGAACAGGACAUGAAAUGCAAAGAAUGUGAUUGCGGAGCUGAAAGCGACGACUGCAGUUUUGUGGAUGGGAAGAAGAGUUGUAUUUGUUCCCUUCCUACGUAUAUUCAAAACGGAGGUUACUGUGUGCGUAAAUGUGAUGCCACUUUAAGUAAGUGCAGGAACGGUGGCGUAUGUAAUCCGGAAACCCGAUUCUGUGACUGCAAAAAAGGCACCAAAGGAUUUCGUUGCGAGGAAAUCAUUGACUGCGAGCAGUUCAAUAUUUGUGGAGGAAGUACCGAUUUAACAUGCGCCUACAAUGAACAACUUGAAGAAGCCUAUUGCAAGUGUGAUAAUGAUUUGUACGAAUUUGAUGAACAGGACAUGAAAUGCAAAGGUGCUUUUGGUUCUGGAUUUACUUUCAUGGACGACAACGCGGAGUGUCAUAGAACUAGUAUGGUCAACGAAUUUCUGGAAAUGGAGCAAAUUUGCCGGAUAGAUGGGCCAAGCAGAUCACGUGACUUCAAACCUAUAAUGUAUGUCGGGGACGCCCUCAGGAGGGCUGUUGUAACUCGAAAUCCCUUCCGAGGGCCGUCCAUUGCCUGUGUUGUAUAG